UUAGCUGGAGCAGAUUUGUUGUUGGCUAAAUUUGGAGCUAGUUGUGUUGAUGCUGUUGGCGUCAGUUGUGUUACUAUUUUCUGCCUUGAGGAAAAGCUAAUCAAAUAUACACAAAAGCGUUUUAUUUCUGCUCUGAUUUGGAUCGGCACUGGAGGACAGAUGAUGUCAGGAGAUCUUGUAGCUGUGUGGGACGUGGCUUUGAGUGAUGGUGUGCACAGGAUUGAAUUUGAACAUGGCACAACCACAGGAAAACGGGUCAUUUACAUCGAUGGAAAGGAAGUCAUAAGGAGAGAUUGGAUGUUCAAACUGGUUGGAAAGGAGACUUUUCAUGUGGGUGGUACAAAUACAAAGGCCACUAUUAACAUAGAUGCAGUGAGCGGCUUUGCAUAUGAAUACACUCUCGAGAUUAAUGGACAGAGCCUGAAGAAGUACAUGGAGAAUCGCUCCAAAGUUACCAGCACAUGGCUCCUCAACCUUGAUGGCAUCGACUGCAGAGUGGUUCUGGGUAAGGAAUACCUGGUCACAGGUUCCUCAAAUAAAUAUGUGAUAUUUCAGUGGUCAGUGAUGAAGUUUUCCCUCUCGUUCCCCCAACCAGUACAGUAUAUACAGUACAGCUGCUCUCUGAAAUGCUGA